GUCUCCGGGCAACCUGCGAAGCUCCUCUCUCCCUCCCCCCAACUAGCUAACAGCGGCGGCGGCAGAGGCAGAUACCACUGCUACGAUCAAUGGAGGACAUGGAGGCGGAGUACAGCCUCUACUGGGAAACCAAGAGGUUCAUCGACUCGGAGGAGCUGGAGAGUUGGGGCUUUGAGGAGGCCAUUUCAGGUGGCUACUAUGAUUCGAGUUCCCCCGAAGGCACCACGUCCUCCACCACCGCCAAGAACAUUGCCAUGGAGAGGAAUCGGCGGAAGAAGCUGAACGAAAAGCUUUACGCGCUCCGAAGUGUCGUCCCCAACAUCACCAAGAUGGAUAAGGCGUCGAUCAUAAAAGACGCCAUCGAUUACAUCAAGCAGCUUCAAGAACAAGAGAAGGUGAUGCUGGCGGAGAUCUCUGAGCUCGAGUCGCUCAAAGAGGACAAGGUGUCGUCGAUCGGUGACCUCGAGUUUGAUGAUCUAUACUUCAUGCAGAGGAAGAAGAAGCGAACCGCGCAGGGCUCCUCGUCUGCGGGUUCCCCAAGCUCGCCGCCCAUCGAAGUACAGGAACUCAGAGUGAGUGAAAUGGGCGAGAAGACCAUGGUCGUGAGCAUCACCUGCAACAAGAAGAGGGACACCAUGAUCAAGGUGUGCGAGGUUUUCGAGUCGCUCAACCUCAAAGUCCUCACAGCCAACGUCACCAAUGUUUCUGGCAGCCUGCUGCACACUCUGUUCAUCGAAACUGAUGAAAUGGGCAGUGCUCAAGUGAAGGAAAAGAUUGAGGCAGCAAUUGCAGAUCUUGAUAGCCCAAGGAGCCCUAUAAGUUCUCUGAGUUUUUAACUCUCUUGUUUGUUCUCUACCAUGCAGCAAUCCACAGGGAUAAGUACUUUUUCUAGUUAAUAAUCAUAGCAGUCUCCUCUUUUUUCCAGCCUUCCCAUCCUUGGACUAGAUUGUUGUUGCUGUUUUGUGCCAAUCACUUUUUUGACAUGGAUGUAUGACAUCAACUUUGAUGCUGAAUCAAAGAUCUGCACUGCACUUCUAUGUCAUGCAAGUUUCAAGCAAGUAUGCAGGACAUGAAAAUUGUGAUC